CACUCUCCAAUACAGAGCUGUAGCGGCUGCGACUGCGCGUGUGCAGCGGCGCCGACGCGCUCCGACCCAUCGACGACAUACGCGCCAAAAUUCAAAUGCUAAAGUGAAACUUGAAAUUUCUCAUUUAAAGUUGAAGUGGCCCACACAACUGAAAAAGACAGUGUGACGCUGACACUUUCUUGUCCAGCAUGACGGCACGACGGCGGAACUCGCUGCUCCGCUGUCUGGUAUUGCUGCUGCUUGGACGGGAGACGCGGGCCGCUAGUGCGCAUUACUCCCUUGACUUAACGGGUAUCGCGUCGGGCACAGGUGCGGCAGUUGUUGACCAUGUGACGUAAAGGAGUCUCACCAACAAUUUUUUUAUGAUUGUUGUUGUCGAUGUUGCAGCGUACACGCUCACAGUGGACAUUGGCACGGUGGAUGGAUCUUCAAGCGGAAAUGUGCGCAGUGCGGCUAUUUAAAUGGUUGAUUGAUAGUGCAGAUGAGUGACCCGUUCCUAUGUGUAGAACGCCUUCCGGCUGAUUGCAGACACAGGCUCGUCGAACGACGCGGUGCUUGGCGCUGGAUGCUGCGGCUCGGAUGCAAAGGUGACCUAUUCGUGCGAUGCGUCAUCGACAUGCACCAAUGCUGGUGGCGACGUUGUCACGCUAGCGUUCGCUGGAGCCAAUAUUCAGUACGAAACAGGAGUUUGGUAGAAUGGGAAAGAAUGCUGUUUCUGACAGUGUUGUUGUUACAUGAUAGGGGUCAGUUUAUGACGGAUACGUGGUCGUCGGAUGAGAUUGGUGAUAUCUCCAAGACAUUCUUGGUCAUUGAAGAGCAGGAUACCUUUUACCGCUCAACGUAUGAUGGUAUUACUGGCUUGGCGUAUGAAGCGCUCGCGGCGUCUACGGGUGAUACUGUGUCGUCGUUGUAUAACGUACUGGUGGAUACGGCAAAAUCAACCGACGCUUUCGGUAUGCUGCUGUGUGGCACAAUGCAACCCAUGCUGCAGACGGGAGGGACCGAUUUUACCUACCAUUCCGGUCAGUUGUUGAUUGGCGGUACGGAAGGCGUCGAUGGCGAGACGUACUAUUCUGGUGAUAUGUUAUAUACUCCGAUUACAAGGGAAGCGUGGUAUGUUGUGACAGUGACGGACAUUGGCUACAACGGUGCUAGCCUUGGACUUUCAUGCGAUAGCUACAACGAACCGCAGGCGAUCAUUGACUCCGGCACGAGCAACUUGGCGUUUCCAUCGGAUGUCUACAAUGCCCUCAUGGAUCAAAUCAGAGCAGCUACGCUAGAAGCCAUCCCAGACUUUGACACCAGUUACUUUGAAGACUCAGCUUCAUGCUGUGAUGAGGAUUAUUGCGAUCCUACGUCGUCCAGUGCUGCACUGUUGGAACUGCCCUCGAUAUACUUCACACUUGGAAUGGAGGCUACUGAUGGCUCAACAAGUAAGCACUUUACUAUUGAAAUCCCGCCUGAAUACUACUGGAGGCCUGAAAUGAAUGGGGACAAUUCCAGUAUGGCCUGUCGCGCCAUUGGCAUUUCUGAAGGCACCUCAACUGUCCUCGGCGACGUAUUCAUGGACGGCUUGUACUCGUACCACGAUCGCGUGGAAGGAAAGAUUGGCCUCGCCGUAGCCAAUAACUGUCCGAACAACGUCACGUCCAGCAAAAAAGUAUAUACAGCUGAAGACUCCGUUGACUGGUGUUCGUGCUUUUCAAGUACUAUGAAGAAGAAGAGUUCGUGGACAACAUUCCUUCCGUGGGGUAGCGGGUGCUUCUUCUGGCUCUGGUGGAUGUAUGUGGUCAUUGCCAGCUUUCUGGUGGUGAUCGCCUGUGUCUGCGUAUUACUUUGGUGGCACAUGACCAAUAAGCGUAUGAAGAAGUUACAAGAAGAGGCGUGCAGAUCGAACACUUCAGGUCGCCGUACUACACGCUUAGCGACGAUGCAGUCAAGUGGGUCCGGGAGGGGACCAACGCUGGCCCCUGGGUCCCCGCCAAAUGACUACUAUGCGGCACCAGUUCCAACUCCCCAGAGAAGAUCUACCCGUUCUGGACGGUCUGGUUCAAGGCGUGGGUCUAUGAAGUCCCCACGUUCUCAAGACAGGAGAUCGAAACGAAAGGAGAAAGAAGUGCCGAUCAUGGCAGAACCCAAGUAUUCCACCAUGAGUUCACCGCGAUCACCGUUGUCUGAUACUUCUAGCAUUGCGCUCCUGUCGGAACCAAAUUCAUCUAUUGGAUCAAUGGAAAACUGGAAACACAAGGCGAAGCCGUAUACGCCCGGUAGCCACCAUUCAAACUACAAGUCGAACUACAACGAUCGAUGGGGUGCGUCUUUGAAAGAAAGCGAAUUUUGAACGACGCCAUAGCAGCGUAGAGUACUCGAAGUAUUUGUCGAUAAAUUGUAUGAAAAAAUGUACUUCGAAGUAUCUAGUAAUUCGUUUCAGC